CUAACAAACCAUUUAUCAAUUAUCAUCAAUCUCAUCAGUCUUAAAACAGUCAACAAUAACUCUCGUCUUUCUCUCUCCUAUGGUGAGUUCAUAACUGCUAGGAACCAGAAUCCAUGUCGGCCGAAGCUUCGAAGACGACUUCAUCGGCCGAUUCGUACAUCGGCAGUUUGAUUAGUUUGACAUCAAAGAGUGAGAUCAGAUAUGAAGGCAUUCUCUAUAGAAUCAACACUGAAGAAUCUAGUAUCGGCCUUCGAAACGUUAGAUCAUUUGGAACUGAAGGACGAAAGAAAGAUGGCCCACAAGUAGCUCCUAGUGAUAAGGUUUAUGAGUAUAUACUCUUCCGUGGCAGUGACAUUAAGGAUUUGCAGGUGAAAUCAUCACCUCCCGUUCAGCCAAUUGCAUCAACAUCUUCAGUUGACAACGAUCCUGCUAUCAUUCAGUCUCAUUAUCCUCUCCCGGCUUCAACAUCGUCGAAUGUGCCACCAGCUGUUAGUGCACCAUCAGCUGAUGGUAGUUCUCAUGGACCCCAGCUUGGACACCCUGGCUCAAGCUUUCCAGGUGCUCUGCCUCUGUACCAGCCAGGUGGAAAUUUAGGUUCUUGGGGGCCAUCACCUCCUCCAGGUGCAAAUGGUAGUGGACUUGCUAUGCCUAUGUACUGGCCUGGUUUUUACGGCCCUCCCAAUGGGCUUCCUCAUAUGCCUCAGCAAACUUUGCUCCGACCACCUCAUGGACUCGCUGUGCCACCUUCCUUGCAACAACCAAUGCAAUAUUCUGGGUUCAAUCCAGCUUUACCAACGGGAUCUUCAAACAUGGCUGGGCCAAAAUUGCCUGAGAUACCCCCUAGUUUGGUUAGCUCAAGCAGCACUUCAACUACUUUAACAUCAACAUCUUUACCACAAUUUAAUUUGCCUUCUGUGCCAUCCACCGCCCUAGCGUCUGAAACAUCUUUCAGUUCUACAGUAUCUAAGGCUCCCAAUUCUGGACUUCUUUCAACACCUAGCUUCCCGUCAAUAUCUCCAUUGGCAAUCUCUGCUCCAGAUGCUAGUACCAUUGCACCUGCUGUCUCUAACAAGGUCAAUGCUAUGUCUAGUUCAGGCUUGCCAAACAUGGGUCUUUCUCAAGCACCGUCAUCUGUCAUCAGCUCUUCCAUUUCAAGCCAGACUGAGACUUCCAAACCAUCUCUGGUCACACCUGAUCAACUUCUGCAGUCUGGACAACCACCAAUUUCAUCAUCUUCAUCUUCACAAGCUGCUCACAAAGAUGUGGAAGUUGUUCAAGUCUCAUCAGCAUCACCCUCAGAUGUAAAAGCAGAAGUAGUGAAGGAGGCACAGCCACCAAUAUUGCCCCUGCCCCCUGGGUCAAGGGCUUUCCCAAAGCCUAAUGGAAACCAGUAUCAUCCACGUCAAAACUACAACUAUCGGGGACAUGAAAGAGGAAGAGGAAGAGGAAGUGGGAGCUCACGUCCAGUGACACAAUUUACCGAGGACUUCGAUUUUACAGCUAUGAAUGAGAAGUUCAAAAAGGAUGAAGUAUGGGGUCAUCUUGGUAAGAGCAACAAGGGUCACACCAAAGACAAAGAUGGUAAUGGUGGGGAUGACUCUGAAGAGGAGGGUGAGGAGAAAGCGCCUCAAAAUGAUGUAACGCCUGUUUAUAAUAAGGAUGACUUCUUCGAUACCCUCUCCUGCAACACUCUUGAGCAUGACUCCCAAAAUGGGAGGACAAGAUUCUCUGAGCAAUUGAAGAUAGAUGCUGAGACAUUUGGUGAUUUUGUGAGAUAUCGAGGUGGGCGUGGUGGUCGGGGACCAAAUCGUGGCGGCCGUGGUCGAGGUUCUUAUUAUGGAAGGGGGUAUGGCUACCCUGGAAGGGGGCGAGGGCGUGGUAUGUCUAGCCGGGGUUCCUGAUCUGUAUUGCCUGUGAUGAUGCGUGCAUCACUUUGAUUGAAAUUGGUAGAAGAUAACUGCUCGUGUUAACAUUUGUUGAUUCAGUUAGUAUGGGCAAGGUUUCUAUUAUGUAUCUUUUGCUUGUUUACAGUUAUUUUUAGUUUGAUUCAUAUUCUCCGGUGAUAAGCAAGCAACUAUGCAGUAGAAAGAAAAUGUAAGAGCAAAUUUGUAGCUUAUCAUUGGUUGACAUAAAACUGUUCAGUGAUGUAAAUUGGAACUAGUUGAUGGUGUGAUUAUUUGGUUAAGUUAUGAGGUUACUAGUUUUCAAUUUUCUUUUAA